CUAGGAUUUUAUUCUCUUCCAUGUACAUAGAAGUAUAUAUUUUAUUAUUAAGUCUUUUCUUGUGAUGUCUAAUGGUAGUCUGAUUAUUUGCCAGCCUCCAAGAGUAGUGACUGGAAAAGGAGAGGUCUCUCCAGUCCACCAGUAUGGUUAUAACAAAAGGGCAACUACAUUCUCUGGACACGUCCUGUAUCUGAAAGGCCAACCUGGAAGAAAAUUCAGUGACUACUAUAGAAAAGUUUCCGAGAAGCGUCUGUUUCAGAUCAUCAUCGAUAUCAUCAUAAUGAUCCGAGUGUGUAAGAUGUUCCGCCAAGGCCUGCGGGGAUUUCGGGAAUACCAGGUCAUUGAGAGUGCUCAGCGAAAUCAGCCUGUCUUCUCUUACUGGGAUAAAAAGAAAGAAGGCCGAAUCCAUUUUGACACAAUGGACUUCAUGGCAGAAGAGGACCACAUGUCCCCCAAAGCCAUUCAUAUAAUGCAGAAGCUGCCCACCUGGAGGACGGAGAAAGAAGUCAAGGACCUCUGCAACCUCCUUCAGAAUCUAGACAGCUUCCGCAACUACUCAGAGUCACUGCAGCUGCAGCUGGCCAAAGUCUUGCGCUUUGAAAGGUUUGGCCGCAGGCGCGUGAUCAUCAAGAAGGAGCAACAGUUCAACAGCUUUUACUUCAUCUACCUGGGCACAGUGGCAAUGACCGAAGACGAGGAUGGCAGCAGUGCCUUCCUGGAUCACCAUCCCAAAGUUCUGACCAAAGGCGACUGCUUUGGGGAAGUCGGCUUACUGAGCACUUCCUUAAAGAAGGCAACAGUGGUCUGCCUGGAGGAAACAGAGUUCCUGGUGGUGGACAGAGAGGACUUCUUUGGGAACAAACUGGAUGAGGAAGUACAGAAGGAUGCUGAAAAGCGGUUUUAUUUUUUUAGGAACUUGGAGCUGUUUCAGUCGUGGUCUGAUGAGAAGCUUUGGCAGCUUGUCACUUUGGGGAAGCUGGAAAAGUUCUCCUAUGGGCAGCUGAUCUCAAGAGACUUUAUAGAAGCAGCCUCGAUUGUGUUCGUCUGCAAGGGCACCUGUGAAGUGCUGCGGCUGGUGGAACUCUCGAGCUCGCUCUCCUAUUACAAGUGGGUCUGGGAGCAGUUGCACCUGAUGGACGGCCAAUCUCUGAAGGCGCACUUCGUGGAUCCUUCUCCUAAUGAGAGAUUCAGGAACUUCCAGAUAAAAUCCUACCCACAGCAGGACUACAGCACUCUGAAACUCCUGCAUCUGCAGAAUUCCAGGAAGUCACAGAAAUUCAGCCUCUACGACACUGAUGCCAAAGGGAAUUCCCUCCCGAGAACCCUGGGCCCAAAGGUCGACUCAAAGCCUCAUCAAACAUUCAACUAUUCCAUGAUCAAUACCAACUAUGGUGAUCUCCCCAAGGAGGCUGCAGUGGGGGCCUAUCUCAGCAUCCACACCUCGGAGCAAGGAGAGGUCAUUGGACUGCACCAGAUCCUCCUCCCAGAGAGCCAGCAGGACCUCAGGCCUCUUAUCCUCAUGAGCCUGGGAGCCGAAGUGAUUCGGAUAAGCAAAGAACAGUUUUACCAAAUGAUCGAUGAUAACAUGAUAGUAAAACUAUUAAAGUUCCAAAUCCAGUACCCCAGCGAUGAGGAGUUGUGCCAGAAGUUCCUCAUGGAGAACAGCUGGAAUAUCUUUCGGAAGGACCUGUUGCGGCAGCUGGUGGCCUCUCCUAAGUGUCAAAAAUUCACCCCAUACAGACCUAAGAAAACAGGGCUCUACAACCCCAAGUCUGUACUCCUGGAUUUGGGCAGCUUGGACAAGACAGAUCAACAGUAUCCCAUUUUUAUGGCUAGCCAGAAACAUCUUCCCCCCUUGAGGAUUGUCCAAGCCAUCACAGCACCCCGGUACAAGAUCCGAGAUGUUCUGCCACAGUAUAAGAAUGCUGGGGUCCUUAUUUCAAAGAAGUAAAGGAUAUUGUGUUGA